GCUCACAGCUUCUCAAGAUGAAGGAAGAAGGGAAUCUUUAAGAGACGUAAGAAGUUAUUUUUUUAAAGAAGUCCCUCAAAACGUCCACCAUCUGCCUGAUUAACAUCAACCUAUCGUUUACGCUGUGUAUCUGAAAGAAAUGAUAGACCUAAUUCACGAGCCAGCCAAGUGCUUGCUACAGCUGUGUUAAUGAGUGUUAGUGAAAGUGUUAUCAUAAUGUGUUAUUUUUGGUGUGUACGAAUCUGGGUUUAGUUAGACCGGCAGUGACGGCAGGAAUGAUGGAGAUUCCUGGGUAUGGCGAGAAAUUCCUCUAGCUGGGUGGAGUGUUGCUGGAGCGUUGCAACAGUGUGCGUCUCUCAGAAGGACGGAGGAGCGAGCCUCCACUACUUCCUUUGCUGAAUGAUCCACGCGGGUUUAGCGUGUCUUAUAAAUAAUAUUUUCGGUGAUGGUGACGUCUCUCUGAGCAUGAGCAGGUGAGACAAGGGCUGCGAAACACUGAAGAAUGGACGUCGCAGGAGGCGGGGCCAUCCAGGUGUCCCCCAGGGUGAAAAGGACGCCAUCUGUGGUGUCUUAUGCUGCUCCGGGGACGCCACGCCGCGCCCAAGACGCCUCAUACGAGUCCCGCAAGCGGCAGGACACCCAGGAGCUCCUGGGUACGUGUCCCAGGGUGAGGUAUGCGCGUCCAGACGUCACGGACACCCGGGGAGGUACCUGCCAGCGUCCCUUCUCCGAUGACCACCCUUCCUGGCAGGAGACGGACCUCUCCUUCGGCUACUUCUCCAGGACGCCUGACCUGGCUUGUCCCUUGAACGAGGACGCCAGCAAGACCGCCAGGGACGCUGGUGGCCAGCAGUGGACAGGGACGGUGGCUGCUCCUGAAGGAUACCGUGAGGCGUCCUCACCUUCAUCCUUCCACGGUUCUCUCUGUAUGGGUGGGUCGUUAUCGAGGUUGAACAAUGGUUGUUCAGCUCAUAUGACCAAGGUGACGACUGGAGACGACCAGGGGAGUGACGACUUUGAGCACGACCACCUGCCCACCACCAGCACCACCAGUACCACCACCACUACCAGCGCCAAACAUAAAGCAGAGGAUGGGCUUGGUUCGCGAACGAAAGUGUGGGUGUGCGUGGUGCUGGUGCUGGCGGCGGUGGCGGGCGUGGGCGUGGGCGUGCCUCUGGCCCUGAGGGUUGACCCCGGGGCGUCCUUACACCAGCGUCUCGACACUGCCAGGACGCUGCUCAGGCAAACGCCGCUAUUUGACGGGUGA